ACAUGCUUAUCACCAGCUUCUCAGAAGCAGCAGCUGCCGCAAGGUACUGCAUGCCCACUGCAGAAGCCACUGUGCCCAUCUCUGUGGCGCAUUCCCUGCUGCCAGCACCUGGGCGCCCCUGUUCGCUGGGGCAUGGCUUUUCCAGCCAAAGAAUUCCUUUGCAGCCCUGAUCCCAGCGCUAGAGGUUUGGGCUUGAGCAGGAUCUGCCCCCUCUGCUGACCCAGCUUUCCGACUGCAGCCUGAGGGGUGCCAUUCCAGAAACAGGUGCUGGCCGAGGACUUUGCCUUGUCGCUGUUGCCUGUCAGCCUUUUGGGAAGGACACGUGACAAUUCUUUGGGCCUCUCUGUGCCCCGCGCUCCUUGCCAGGGUUCAGCUCGGCACCGCUGCCGUCACCAUGGAGUUUGCAGAGCUGAUCAAGACAGCGAAGGUGGAGAACGUGCAGCUCUCAUGCCCCGGGCUCCCACCGAUCAAGGGGACACUGUGCAUUACCAGCCAUCACCUGCUGCUGUCGUCCCAGCCCGGGGGCAAUGGGGAGCAGGGCACAGUGGAGCUUUGGCUUCUCAUCCGGAACGUGGACGCUGUUGAGAAAAGUGUUCAGAACCUAGGCUGGUACCAAACCUCCAGGACUAACAGCUCCCAUCGAGAGACCAGGAUUGCAAGUUCCUUGGGCACAAUCACACUCAAGUGCAAAGACCUGAAGGUGCUGCAGCUGGAGAUCCCAGGUAUGGAGGAAUGUCUCAACAUCGCCAGCUCCACUGAGGCCCUCUCUUCUGUGGAUUCAGUGAUGAUGAUGUACCCAUUCUUCUACAGACCCCAAAGCAUGAAGCUCAAGGAUGGGUGGCAGCUUUACCCCCUCCAACGUUACUACCAACAAAUCGCCUCAGAGACAAGUGCUUGGAGGCUGAGUUGCAUUAACGGGGAUUUCACCAUCUGCUCCAGUUACCCACCAGCUGUAAUUGUACCAGCCACGGUGGAUGAUAAGGUCUUGCAGAAGGCUGCCCGGUUCCGCCAGGGGGGACGAUUCCCUGUCCUCAGCUACUAUCACAAGAAGAAUGGGACGGUGAUGCUCCGUAGCAGCCAGCCACUGAUAGGGCCCAACAGGAAGAGCUGCCAAGAGGAUGAGCUGUUGCUCAGCGCCGUCCUGAAUGGAGGGGAGCGCGGCUUCAUCAUCGACACCCGCUCAGCUCAGGCAGCCAAGCAGGCUCGGAUGAUGGGGGGUGGCACAGAGCCCAAGUCCUCCUAUCCACGCUGGAAGAAGCUGCACAGGCCACUGGAGAGAGGCCGCCCGCUCCAGGAGAGUUUCAUUAAACUGGUAGAAGCCUGCAACGACACUUCCCUCAGCAUGGACCGCUGGCUGAGCAAGCUGGAGGGCUCCAAAUGGCUGGCCCACGUCAAAGCAGCCCUGAGCACCGCCUGCCUGGCCGCCCAAUGCAUGGAGAGGGAAGAGGCCUGCAUCCUGGUGCAUGGAGCCGAAGGGACAGAUACCACCCUGCUGGUGACAGCUCUGGCCCAGGUGAUCCUAGACCCCGACUGCAGGACGCUGACUGGGUUCCAGGGGCUGCUGGAGCGGGAGUGGAUAGAGGCAGGACACCCGUUUCACUUCCGCUGCGCCCACUCCGCAUACUCCCAUGCCCGGUUCAAGCAGGAGGCUCCCAUCUUCCUCCUCUUCCUCGACUGUGUCUGGCAGCUGGGGCGCCAGUUCCCCUUCUCCCUGCAGUUUAACGAGCGCCUCCUGCUGGUACUGUUUGAACACACAUACGCAUCCUGCUACGGGACCUUUCUGUGCAACAGCGAGAAGGAAAGGUGCUUGUGUGAAGUGAAGGAGAAAACUCACUCCCUCUGGUCCUGGCUGAAUCAACCCAGCGAGUUGAAGAAACACCUGAAUCCCCUGUACACGUACAAUGCCCUGGUCAUCUGGCCGUCCGUGGAGCCUCAGAGCCUGCAGCUCUGGCAAGGUUUGUUCCUCCGGUGGAUCCGAUCCUCUCAAUACUUAGACGAAGCCUGGGCAGAAAUCCAGCGACUAGUGACAAGCUGUGAAGAUGCCCCAGAGGAGAGCGCAGGGCGCACACUGUGCCACUCACAACCAGAUGCUGCUUACCCACUGACAAUCACAGGGACCACAAACGAAGGAUGAACCAGGACAUCGGCGACUGCAACAGAACAGCUGCUGGCUCAGGCUCGGCCACAUCUCCCACCUAUCGCUCAGACUGCUCCAGAGGCAGCGAGGACAGACACUGCCUCUUCGGGAGUAGGGCUUUGUGCUGGUCACCCGGGCUCUGUUGACAGCAGGCCAGGCUCUGAGCCGAACGCACCAGGCGCACAGAGAACAGAGGACACAUGGGGCAGGCACGGACUCAACCUCGUGGCACAACGCUUUGAGCAGUUACAUAGUGCAGACUAGGUUUGUUACAGUAAAAUGGUCUCUACUCAUGACAUCUCCUUUCAAGGGAGAACAUUCAGGGCAUGUCUACACGGCAAUAAAAAACCCACGGCUCUGAGCCUCAGAGCUGGGUCAGCUGACGUGGGGUCACAGAGCUAAAAAAAGAAGAUAUUCAGCACCAAAACCUUCCUAGUGCGGGAAGUAACUGUUUCAUGAGGAAAGUCAGCUAAGUCUCACUUUCUGCACAAAGCAAUGGGGUCAUGUGCAUUUGUCAGCUGGAAACAUAGCAGCCAGUAAUUAGUUUCUGGCUUGUUUACAGAU